GUCAAGUUUAAAGAUUGUAUUGUGCAGUUUAGCCCUCUUCGUAUGUAUGUUACUUAAAAUAAGUAGUAUUGGAAAUAGCAAGCUUUAUAUAGCUUGUGCUUCUCUUCAGCCCAGAGUUAGUUACACUGUCGGUUAACGUGCUUUAGUUAGAUUAGGAACAGUAUCAAACUAGGUAAUGCUUACAGUAUGUUCUCAGCCGAGCUAUAUUAGAACGCAUCUGCUCAAAAGCUGUAACAAAGCUGUCUUUAAAGUAAUGUUGCUGGCCUGUUAUUUAUUGACUGGUCUGCAGAUUAACGAGGAUUGGUUCUUGAAACAUCGCGUUUGGGAUUUCAAAACGAAUGAAUUGUAAAUUAUUUGGAUUUAAGAAAGAUCAGAUAAGACUGCCAUCCACAGAAUGUGCCAAACUCUGGGAGUAACUAGUGAGUUAUAUGUCGCUCCAGCUUUAUUUCAGUAUCUUUUAUCCAACAGGAGGAAGCUAAAGGCAGACAUCUCCACUGCCUUCCCUAUGCUGUCUGCUGAGCAAAUCUCCAAGCUGAUUCCUAACAAAGAGGAUCUUAAUGUGGUGAAAGUCUACACACACAAAGGGGACUCUGUUACACUGUACGUCCUGCAUGAAAAUCCAAUAUUCUUUGAAGUGGAAAAAAAGCUUUACCCAACAGUGUAUACCCUGUGGCUGUUCCCGGACCUCUUGCCAGUUUUCACAACAUGGCCUGCCGUGUUACAGAAGCUUGCUGGGGGGGCAGAUCUCAUGUUACCUGGCGUUGUGGUGCCCCCCUCUGGCCUCCCUGGGGUGAAACAGGGUUGUCUUUGUGCCGUCACUGUAGUCAGAAACAAAGCACCAGUAGGCAUUGGCACAGCCACCAUGUCCACUGCAGAGAUGCUGGGGGCAGGGAUGAAGGGCAAAGGACUCUCAGUUUUCCACACCUACAUGGACCAGCUGUGGGCAUUCGGAGACAAGUCCAGCCCUCCCACCAUCGCCCCGUCAGACCCAGAGCCUGCAGAGAGUGAAGAGCACUCAGAGGAGAGUGACGGAGGUGGGGGGGGGGAGGAGGAGGAGGAGAAGGAACCCAGUCCCUCUACAGAAACUGCAUCCAAGACCCUGCAGACAACACCACACUGUGCAGAGCCCGAGGAGAAAGCAGGAGAGGGCAGUGAGGAGGCAGAGGAGGAUGGAAGGACCCUACAAGAGCAGAUGGAUGAGCUGCUGCUUCAGUGUUUCCUCCACGCUCUGAAAACCAAGGUGAAGAAGUCGGACCUCCCCCUGCUGACCAGUACCUUCCUUCGCAACCACAUGUUCUCCUGCUGCCCCAGUGGAAAGCAGCUCGACAUCAAGAAAUCCAGCUACAAAAAGCUGUCCAAGUUUCUCAAGUGUAUGCAGCAGCAGAGGAAGCUGAUCCAGGUGAAGGAGCUGAGCAAGGGGGUGGAGAGCAUCAUAGAGGUGGACUGGAAACACAGAGAGAUCUGCUCGUUCAGCGCCUCUGAAGGGCCCGUGCUGGAGGAGGCUCCUGUGGAGAGCUGUAGGGAUGCAGAGAAGCCGUACCAACCCCCCGAAAUCAGCACUCUCUACAGCGUCUCCACCAGACUGCUGCCCCUCUUCCAAGACGCACAGCUGAAAAAAGGGGCCGUUCUCACUGCAGCUGAAGUACGAACCAUCAUCACAAACUACGUAAAAAACAACGAGCUUGUUGAUGAAAUAAACAAAAACUAUGUGACAAUAAACCCCAUCCUCUGUGAUUCUCUUCUGGACAAACAAGAAUAUCAGGAAAUUGAAAAACUCAAAUGGGACGAUCUUUUCAACAGGUGCCUGACUAGAAUGCAGCAUUGCCAUCAGCUCCUGUUCCCAGGCCAGGAGCCCAUUAUCAGGAAGGGGCACAUUGAACCCAUAGACAUCACUGUUGCAUCCAGAGGCUCUAACAAAAAGGGGAAUGGUGCGUCAAUAUAAGUGCUGGUUUCCUGGAACCUGUGCCCACACCUUCUUCAAGAAGUGAUCGAGGACAUUGCUUCAUAGCAGCAGCAGCAGCAGCACUGUGCACAAGAUGCGUGUGCAAUACAGGAAAGUGCGAUCAGAGGCAUUACAAAACAGCACUGGUGAAACCGAGAACUUGGUGUGAUAGCAGAAGGUACAGACAUCCUGAAAACUGAACAAAAACCCACACUUAAUGAUGCCACAGUAUGACACGGUCUAGUGCGAAGGACACCUUAAAGCCUGCUAAUGGAAUCGAGCCAUUAGUGGCGCUUAGUCACUCAUCACCCUGGUGUUUUUUCAACGAUAAUUGGACUUUCUAAAAACGUUUCUACUAGAUCAUUAAACCACAACAUGUACUGUAACCUUUUCACUUAGCCAUGUUUUUCUGUUAUAUAUUUGAUUUUAUUAUCUCUUAUACAGGAGCACAUAAGCUUAUCCCCAAAAAACAUGCAAAAUACAUUCCUUUUAUAAAAAGUAAGACACAAUAAGAUCUUGCAGAGUCAGAUAUGAAUUGUUACUUUAAUUUCAAGCUUCCGAAUGAAGAAAUUCUACUACUAAAAUAGUGUGCCUGCUGCCUUUAUUGAGUGGAACAGAAGGGAUUGAAACAGAAGUAAAUACAGGGAGACUAAUUCAGCUAAUGCCUGUUCUACUUGCUCAAGCAGGAGAGUCCAAUUCAAAUAGAAACCCUUGAACACAUUUAAAAAAAAAAACAGACCUAAUUCUGAAGUUAUUUAAAUGGGACAUUAAGCCCUAUAAUCUGGCUAUCUUAAACAGCAAUGUAAUGUGUUUGGACCUUGAUAGCGCAGUACCAUACUUUAGAUUCAGCUCAGGAGUCUAGAGUAGAGCUACAGUGCUGCUCCCAAGGUGCAGAAAUCACUUGUAAAGACUAAUGAACUGCAAAGGAGCAAAGUGAAAUGGAAAAUGAGAUAAAGCCUUCAAAACGCCGACAACACUAGGCAGCCUGUGCCAGCUGUCCUCUUUUUCCAUCGAGAAAUGUAAAUGUUGUUAAUCCAAUGUUAAAUGUUUACAGUCAGCAGUGUGGAAUAUAACAAGACUCACACUGCAUAGCGUUGGUGGAGUCUCGGCAGGUUUUAGGAGUUUUACUGGACAGAACCCAGGCUUGUCAUAAAACCUGGACUUGUUCAAACUGCUACGCAAUGGGAGUCAAACCCCACAGUAUAAACAAGGUGCCUGACACACAGCCUGCAGAAUAUGCAGGGGGAUCAUCUUGAUAUGCAACUUUGUUGCAGGAGAGCAGGUCUUGGGACUCUGCAGUGGGGAAAUGGAGUGAUGUUCUCCUGGACCAAAGUGUCACCCAGAAGGUCCUCUUCCCAGCCAUCUCCAGACACUAGAGGACAGUGACUCAAUGAGGGCACCCUGAUGCCAAGAAGAGCAAACAGGCGUGUUGACCUUUUCAAAUUCCAUUCAGACUGCCUUGUUCAUUUAUAGUGUGGCAAGUAGCUGUAUGUAAGUCGCUCCCGACACGCUGCCAUGUCACACAACACCUGACAUUAAGUAGUAGAUGUGAAUAACUCCCAUCUCAGCCAGCGCUCUGACACUGGCUGUAUACAGUUCUGCUCCCCAGGGCUAGGCUGGUGUGGGACAUUUUUUGAAUAAAUGCAGAGAGAGAGAGGGAGAGGGAGGAGAGAGAGCCAGCCUCCUUGUGCCAACGCUUCAAUUGAUCUUUUAUGUAAGUCAAAUAGAUUUUUAAAGGGAAGAGAACAGAAACGAACAAAAAGGAAAUAAAAUGGGUUGCAAGUAGCUUUUCAGCUUUUGUUAACUGUCAAGCUGUUCAAAAGAUCCAGUGUUUUCAUGUUGUGCUGCUGUACAGUAGCACAUUGAUCAGCCAGGAACAAAGGCUUUGACAGUAAGACUAUUGGAUAAGAGACUGUGGUGUGUUUCUACAUGCUUCUGAGCAUCUUCAAUGGGGUGAACUACUGUAAAAAUAAUGUAAAGCCUUUUCAUUUAGUUAAUUAUUGAAUGCUAAUGAAAGGCGGUUAAUAAACAGAUAACUAUAUUUUUCAUAUUAAUAAAUUAUUGAUUUAUCCCCAUAAGGCAUAAGGUUCCCACAUUUUUUUUAGAGUGUUAUUCUACAGAAAAGAGCAAAAGACUUCCAGAUCUGAAAACUAGAGAGCCUUGAUUAGGACAGUCUUAAGCCAGUACAUGUAUGCUCAUGCAAUUGUGUAAAUGUUGGCAGAUUCAACGUUGUGCUGGAUUCCACUCAAAUGCAAUCAAAAAGGAGACCAGUGUCCAGACUCGGUUUUCUUGAAAUACAUUGAGAAGGACUGUGUAACAGCCAGCUCCCAUUGCAAAAAGGCAAGCGCCUCAUGGGGAAUAAAUACAAAUAAGUUAACGAAAAAAUAAGCAGAAGGCAUAACUCAAUUAGUUUUUUAAAUAGCUCAUGUCUGCAAAUAAUGACUAACCCAGUCAAUGUUUUCACUUUUCUUCAGCUUAGCUAAACUGUGCACACACUCACUACGAUACGCUCAAUACAGCCUCAACCCUAAAAAGGAAAACAGCACAUCAAUAUACAAUCACGACAUUUCUAGACUCGAUACAAUGAUCAAACUUCUAAAUAACCUCAGCUAUAAAAUGUAAUGAACGGCUGAGAGAAUUAGAUUUGGGCUUGUCUGAUGGAACGGCGCAAUUAGAACUAUCCCCUAAUUGCUUAUUUACAGACAGCCUAGUGUUGAUGUUUUCUUGGAACUUUCUUUAUUCAUGUUAAAGGUGAAGUAAUUACCAGGGGUGUACUGAUGCUAGUACUUUCCUUUAAGAAGUUUUUUUAUAGGCAGGCAUUAAAUAAAUCCUAAGUUAUGGCCUCAGUACAGCAGUAAAAAUGUCAGCGCCCUGGAAGCAAGGAAAAUUCGCUUCCAGUCGGUUUUUAAGACACUUAGUGCAGAAGUUAAUUACGGAUUGUAAAGGUGAGGGAAGGACAGCUUAAUGAACAGAUUUAUUGAAUACCUGCCGAUAAGGGAGAGCAAGGGAGAGCAGCUCUCUAAUCAAGUUGGCGCGCAGGUAUCAGAGCCCCCCGAUGCAACGUGUGUACGAGACAGGGGGCCCCUUUGCUGUCAAAACAGUUCCAGCAAAGAAAACAGAUGGACUGGACCAGCAUGGAAGAAAUAAAAAUUGCGUUGAAGCAGCAAAUACAUGCAUUUUAAAGCCCUAGGAGCUACACCCUUUUUGUCAUUAGCAAAGCAGGGAAAAGGUUAAGAUUAACGCCGGAGUCAUUUUAAAAGAAACCAAGCCCUGAAAGACUACAUUAAAAAAAUAACUCUUAUUAAAAGAUGUUGAUGACAGGAGAGGUAACUUCAGCAUUGUUCUUUGGAACCAUUUCUGAGGAACCCUCUUGGGUGGAAACCUCAAAACCAGAGUAGCUCAGGUCACUGGAAAGUGCUGAUCAGAGGAGAUCUCACAGCAGUCAGGCCACACUGUACAGUGUCUAAGCACACACUCUCAACAGAACUGGGACAAAGUUUGAGGAGCAUUGCAACACGAUUGGGGGAGUAAACUUAUACAAAGCUGAAGUGCUUUGGCUUGACAUGGGUUUAUAAAAUGCCUGUUUAUUUAUGCACAGCCCUUAAAACUAAUGUGUAUCAACCUAGAGAAAUCUACGGUAAAACAAUGGAAAACAUAAACUGAUUAAAUCCUGGAAUCUACAGGCUUUUUUCUUUUCUCUAGGGAACUCUACAGAUUCUGUUUUCAUGAGAUCAAAUAUCGGAU